AAUGAUUUUCUUAAUAAUAAUAUUAUUAAUAAUAACAACAUCUUCACUAUUAUUAUUAUUUUGGACCGAUAUAAGAAAAAAUAAUUAUUGGAAAAAUAGAGGAAUUCCAGGGCCAGAACCUUUACCUUUAAAAGGAAAUAUAGAUUUAAUUUUUGGAAAUAAAAAUCCUUUAUCGUUACAAUUAUUUAAUUGGAGUAAAAAAUAUGGAAGAAUUUAUGGGAUUAAAAAUGGAUGGUUUAAUGUGUUGGUUGUUAGUGAACCAGAAUUAGUCAAGGAAUUACUCGUUGAUAAAUUUGAAUAUUUUCAUGGAAGGGCUCUUUGCCCUAUUGUUGGUGAUGUAGAUACAAGUAAAUUGAUUCAUCUAUUCCUUGCAAAAGGAAAGCGAUGGAAACGACUUCGUUCAAUUGCCAAUCCAGCAUUUUCAAUUUCUAAUUUAAAAAGAGAUUCUAUUAAAAUAAAUAUUAAUUUAUUAAAAGAAGCAGAGGAAUCUGGAAAAUGUGUUGAUUUACACGAAUAUUUUGUAGAACUUACUUUCGAUGUAAUCGUUCGUAUAGCAAUGGGACAAAAAGACUCAAGGCAAUUUAAAUCAGAAUAUUGUCAAAUAGCUCAAGAUUCUUUUACUCGAAUUAACAAUAAUAUUUUUUAUUAUAUUUCUUUUAUAUUCCCUUGGAUUGGAGAAAAUAUACUUAAACCUUUCUCUAAUGCCACGGGAAAAUUAAGAGGAGAUCCAAUAUUAAUUUUAAUGGAAAAUAUUCAUAAAGCUGUUGUUAAAAGAAAAGAAGAGAAAAUGAAGAAAAAUGAAAAGGAAGAAGAAGAAAAUGAAGAAAAUUUAAAUAAUAAAAAAUGGGUUGAUUUUAUUGACCUCUUUUUGGAAUCUGAGGCUGAAAAUAAUAAAAUUGAAUUUAAAACGAAUAAUGGGACUUAUAACAAAAAGGAAAAGUUUGAACGUUGUAAUACUUUAGACGAAAUUGUACUUAAUUGUUUUCUCUUCCUCUUGGCUGGAUUUGACACAACAGCAAAUACUCUAAGUUUAAUAGCACACAAUUUGGUUAUUUACCCACACGUUCAAAAACGUUUAUUUGGAGAAAUUGAAGAAAUUUGUGGAUUAGAAGAAGAAACAAUUGACUACGAACAAUUGGCCAAAUUAAAAUAUGCAGAUGCUGUGUUUAAAGAAACACAAAGAUUAUGCCCAAUCGCGAAUGACGUGGUGAACAGAAAAUGUGAAGAAGCUACAACCCUUGGAGAUAUAAAAAUAGAGAAAGGAAUUUAUGUUUAUGCUGAUUUAUUUACUUUACAUAGAGAUAAAAAAAUUUGGGGAGAAGAUGCUGAAGAAUUUAAACCGGAAAGAUGGUUAUCAAAUGAGAAUAUACCUACAGAAUAUUAUUAUCCCUUUGGAGGAGGACCUAGAAUUUGUAUUGGAAUGCGUUUGGCAAUGAUGGAAGUUAAAAUGGUUUUGGUACAUUUACUACGUUCAUUUGAAUUAAAAAGAUGUUCUGAGACAUUGGUGGGAAGAUUAAUUUAG